CUGCCGGUAGGUAGGUGCAGAAUCACAGCUCCGAAUCUACUCCACGCUCAACUCGCUGACAGUAAACACAGCGGCUGGAGGCGGCCUUCUCUCGGUCGCGAAACAGGGAAACUCCGCCACGGAUUGGCUCCCUCCCCAGCCCGGAAGGAAAGGCAAGCGGCCGCCCCAGCCGUAGAGCGCCGGGGGAAGAGGCCGCUUGGCGAGGUCUGGCGCACGGGGAGGGCGAAGGGCGCGCCUCUCCGCGGCCAAAGGGUCCCAGAGGUCGCCACUGCGUCUUUACGCGCAGCGCCCCUUCUUCUCUCCAGGGUCGGGUGGGCGGCAAGUAAGGGGAAAGCGCUGGUAUCUCAAGCCACCCCCAUUACGUCUUGACUUGCUGGGGGGAUCGCCAGCCAACGGAGCAGGGGAUCUUGCUCCCCCCCCCCCCGCGCCUCGUCUCUGACUUAAGCUUUUGGCAACCUCGCCUCCUCCUCCUGGAACCAGUUUGUUCUGUCGCGGCUGGUGUAACACAUGAGAGAGAGAGAUGGCUGCUCUUAGUGGCUCAAGGAACUGUCUUUUAACUAGAUUUACAUCUUUGGCCUGUUGGGGAAAGUGCAUUAAUCCUUACAAGUUUUCCAGUGAAGCAUUGAACAGACACCAGCAUCAAGUGACUAAGUGCCAAUCAUGGAACAAAAGUAAAAACAGAAGGUGCUACUUAAUGACGGAAAGUUCCAACACCUACAGUAACCUCAUUAAUAAAAGUCAAGUGCGGCUUUUGAACCCUAAGAAUGCAGGAAUUUUCAACGUUGCACACAGCUGUUCUAGGAGGCCUUGUAUUCUCUUUGAGCAAAGGGCAAGAGGACUUUCUUUUCAAAAAUCUCGACACUUGACUGCUUCUCACAAUGUCCAGUUUCACAGGCCUUUUCACAGAUCUUCAGCACUGAAGGCGGCUCCCGUUCCAAUCUUGUGGAUUCUAUUGAAGCCUGUUCAGAAACUAUUUGCUGUCAUCCUUGGGAGGAGCAUAAGAAAAUGGUGGAGGGCACUUCCUCCAAACAAGAAGGAGCUGUUUAAAGAAACUGCAAGAAGAAAUAAAUGGAAGAUAGCCCUGGGCCUGUGUACUUUAGGACUUGUAUUUAUCCUGUUUUAUUUUACUCACUUGGAAGAGACACCAAUCACUGGACGUUCUCGGCUUCUGGUGUUUCGGAAAGACCAUUUUGCUGAAUUGUCCCAGAUGGAGUAUGCCAUGUGGGUCAAAGAAUUUAAAAGCAGAAUGUUGCCUGAAACGGACCCCCGUUACCAGGAGGUCAAAAAAGUCUUUUUGCAUCUGAUUGACAGCAACAAGGAUUUUCCAGGACUCUCUGAGUUCAAGUGGACUAUCCAUGUGGUGGAGGGACCAGACAUUAAUGCUGUUGUGCUUCCAAAUGGACAACUGUUUGUUUUCACUGGUAUGCUAUCUGCUGUGUCAGAUAUCAAUGAGCUGUCUUUCAUUCUGGGACAUGAACUUGCUCAUGCUGUUCUGGGACACGGGGCAGAGAAGGCGAGCCUGAUGCAUUUUGUGGAUUUCGUGCUCCUCAUUCUUCUCAUAAUGAUUUGGGCUGUUUGCCCUGCAGACAGCUUAGCGAUCGUAGGCCACUGGCUCCAAGCCUGGUUUCAAGAGUUGCUGUUCAAUAGGCCAUAUAGCAGGACAUUGGAAGCGGAGGCUGACAAAAUUGGGCUUUGGUUUGCUGCUAAGGCUUGUAUGGAUGUAAGAGCAAGUUCUGUAUUCUGGCAGAAAAUGGAGCUCGCUGAGACUCUUACAGGGCAACCAAGAGUGCCAGAAUGGUUUUCUACACACCCCUCCCAUGAGAAUCGAGCUGAGCAUUUGGACAGACUUAUUCCAGAGGUAAUUAAAAUCAGGGAGCACUGCAAUUGCCCAGCUUUGCCUGGACAGGAUCCACGCUUUGCUUUCAAACUCGCCAAGCAACAAAUUCUGCAAUCGUCUAAAAACGAGGGAGGCCCAAACCUCACUCACGAUGCUCUUUACAGAACAAAGGAGAAGACACACGUGGACAUAGUAGCUGGGAAAUAACUCUGCAGGUGAAGGCAGAAAUGCUUCAUGGAUUAACGUUAUCCAAAUUCUCAAGGCAAGUACUGUGCUUUUCAGGAAACUGCUUCGGAAAUUCGAAAUGGCCAGAUGGACAGACAGUGCUAUUAAUUUAUGGCCACAGUGUUUGACAGUGAUGCGCCUCUGGAACCCGACUCUUGAAUGGAUUUGCAGAAGAAUGCUUCACAUGCACAAGGAACACGAGGAGCAGUUUCCGUGAUGGAAGACAACAGGAAACCUUUGUCUGCAUGGGGUGAGGGGGUGGGG